AUGGCCAGCCUCGCCGGAAGCAAGCGCGCCGCGCCGGCGGCGGAGGGUGCCGAGCCAGCGCGCAAAUUGACGAAAACCGAGCGCCGCCGAGAGCGCAGGCAGUCGUCUGCGGAGAAGCUCGAGUACCAAUACCGCAUCCAGGUGCAGAAUUGCGCCCAUGACAACGACGCCGCGCGCGCGCUCCAAGUGUACGAGCAGAUGAAGAGCGAGGGCGUGAACGUGGCCCCGUACAUCUACAACGUGGUCAUCAACGUGUGCAGCAGGAUGGAGGAUCUGGCGGCCUUCAAGUCCGGGGCUUACGCCGUGUACCAGGACAUGAAGGAGGCCUGUGAUAAUGCCAAGCAGCAGCAGCAGAAGGGCAAGAAGAAGCACCAGCAGCAACAGGUGCCUGAGCCGAUCUACAGCGCCAUGGUCAAGAUCUGCAGCAAGGCGCAGGACUUUGAGGCGUGCGAGACGCUCAUCGCCGAGAUGGAGGAGGCCAAGGUAGAGCCCAAGCUGCGCACGUUCGGCCCGCUGCUGCAGGCGCACAGCGACGCCGGCCACCUGGACAAGUGCAUCUGGGUGCACGACAAGUUUCUCAAAAACGAGCUGGAGCCGACGGAGGCCGACUACGUGGCACUGCUGCGCGCGUGCGUCAAGGCCGGCGACGCCCAGCGCUUCUACGCCUUCUUGGACAGGUUCAUUGACGACGUUUGGCAGCCCAGUUUGACCACGUGGGACGUGCUCAAGGAGUGGUUCAGCAGUGAGGCGGCGCAGGUAGACGGCCGCAAGUGGAAGAUCACCGAGGGCACCGUGAGCAAGGAGGGUGUGUGCUCCGUCACGGGCGACCAGCUGCAGUCGCUGGAGCUGUCACCGGAGCUGACAUCGGAGCUGCUGGCCAAGGUGAUUGCCGUGGUGGUUUAUGUCAACGCCGGCGAGUGGGCCGCCAUUGAGAAGCUUGUGCGCACGGACGAGAAGCGCAAGGCGCAAUGGGACGAGUUCAAGCAGUGGCUGGAGGAGUUUGGCCCCUUCGACGUGGUCAUCGACGCCGCCAACGUGGGCUACUGCAACCAGAACUUCGAGGGCGGCGGCUUCAACUACAAGCAGAUCGAGCUCAUGGUGCAGCACUACGAGGCGCAGGGCAAGAAGGUGCUGGUCGUGCUGCACGAGCGCCGCACCUCGGACGAGCAGGUGCCGCCCGAGCACCGCGCGCAGCUCGCGCAGUGGCGCGCGGAUCACAAGAUGUUCAACUGCCAGCAGGGCAACAACGACGACUGGUACUGGCUGUACGCGGCCGUGAAGCUCGGCGGCCGCACGCUCAUGGUCUCCAACGACGAGAUGCGGGACCACCACUUCCAGAUGAUCCACAACCGCGCGUUCGGCCGCUGGAAGGAGCGCCACCAAGUGCACUACCAGGUGCACGGCUCGCGCGCCACGGUGGACGAGCCGCUGCCCUACUCGGCGCGGCCGCAGCGCGUGGGCGACGUCUGGCACUUUCCGUCGGCUCGCAGCACCACCGAGACGACGGAGGACGACGCUGCACAAGUCGCAGUCUCAUAA